AUGCAGUCUAAAAUAACUAGAAAUAAUGUCGAUAAAAUAGUUGUUCGAAAAAUUGAAAAACUCAGUUACAAGCUAAACAAUGCGGAAAAUGCGGCCAGACGUACGUUUCGUCUCUCACGAGACUCGUCAGUAGCCUGUCGAAUAAGGCUUAAGAUAACACAACUCAAUUAUUGUAACCAAGAAACUCAAAUUGAGGCCAGACGUACGUUUCGUCUCUCACGAGACUCGUCAGUAGCCUGUCGAAUAAGGCUUAAGAUAACACAACUCAAUUAUUGUAACCAAGAAACUCAAAUUGAGGUAUCGCGACCAAUAGGUAAGAACAACAUCUCGUGUUACAAGAUCCAUAAUCCAUACACCUGUACUAUCGCCGCUUCGGGCCGUCUGUUUUCGUCGAGUCCUUUUUACAGCGAGGGCAGCUAUAAAGGCUCAGGAUUGAACCCUGGGGAACACCAGAUUCAAUCUCUAAAGAAGAUGAUUCAAUACCACCGACACAAACAUAUUGCCUACGAUUACUAA